AUCAACAACGGAAGCCAGACCAGGGUGACUGCGCAGGGAGUCUGUGGAGAGAAAAUUCUGUAACUUGUUAUUCAGCGCAGGAAAGAAAUAAGGAGCAGAACUCUGAACUCAGUGGCGCCAGGAUAAACACGAGUGGAGCUUAAUUUGGUGGUGGGGGUAUUUCGACGAGUGGCAGCCAUCAGGAUGUCUUUAAUUGGAAAGUUGUUCGGGAGUGGCGGAAAAGGUGGGAAACCCCCGACUACGCAGGAUGCGAUCCAGCGACUCCGGGAAACGGAGGAGAUGUUGGCGAAGAAGCAGGAGUUUCUGGAGAAAAAGAUUAACCAGGAACUCCUCACCGCAAAAAAGAAUGGCACGAAAAACAAACGAGCCGCUCUGCAGGCCCUGAAGAGGAAGAAGCGGUAUGAGAAGCAGCUGCUCCAGAUCGACGGCACGCUCUCCACCAUCGAGUUCCAGCGGGAUGCCCUGGAGAACGCCAACACCAACACCGAAGUGCUGAAGAACAUGGGCAUGGCCGCUGUGGCCAUGAAGCACGCCCACGACCACAUGGACAUUGACAAAGUGGAUGAUUUAAUGCAGGACAUCACAGAGCAGCAGGAGCUGGCCCAGGAGAUCUCUGAUCUCAUCUCCAAGCCUAUCGGAUUCGGAGAGGAGUUCGAUGAGGAUGAGUUGCUGGCUGAGCUGGAGGAGCUGGAACAGGAGGAGUUGGAUAAGAACCUUCUGGAAAUCAGGAGCACAGGGGACAUACCGCUGCCCAAUGUGCCCGACUCAUCGCUACCCUCCCGGCCAGCCAAGCAAGAGGAGGAUGAAGAUGAGAUGAAAGACCUGGAGAAAUGGGCCAUGGAGGCCAUGUAGGCCAGGACUCUAACCCCUGAACCCUCAACCCUCAACCCACAACCUCAGCCUUGAACCCUGAAUCCCCCGAACCCCGAACUGAACCACAAAACCCCAAACCCUCAACCCUCAACCUCAGCCCUGAACCCUGAACCCUGAAUCCCCAACCAUGAACCCCCCUGAACCAAAACCCCAAACCCCUGAACCCCGAACCCUCAACCCUGGCCCCUCUGCCGCUGUCCCCCAGGAGGGAAAGAGAGGGUUUUCAGAGCGUCUGAUGUGGGUGCUCUUUGUGUCUGGGUUGCGGGUUAAAUUUUAUAGGUCCUUGACACAUCCAUGGCCUUGCAUACAAACCUAAAGCUUUGAUCAUUAUCAUACUUACAUCUUAGGCAGCUGUUGCUAUGUCCGUACAUGUUGCCUGUAGGAUUACUGUGGCUCCAUAUGAGACAGACUGACAGAAUACCUCCCUGCCCAAUGCCAGAGGGUCUUGUCAUCGGGUCUGCUCACGCAGACCAGAGCUGUUGAGGCUGUGCUUUCAUCAUGUAAUGGUAGAAUGCAGACCGAUAUAUUUGCCGUUAAUUGUACUGGCUUCUGAGAAUCGAAGAUUUUGCUUUUCGAUCAACAUUUAUCUUGCUUUGCGUUGUUCUGCACCAUGUCUCACAACACUUCCAUUUGGCUUGUUUUUCCUCAUUUAUCUUCCAAAAUGUGUUUAGUUUUCCUUCCUCUGACCAAGGGAAAGACUGUAUGAUGAAUGAGUGACUACAGCACUGCUGUAUGUUUUAAUAUGGAUUCCCUUUAGUUCCUGUUGGGCACGUCAGAAUGGCCUUCCCGUGUUCCAUUUUAACACUCCCAGAAUGCACUUUGCUUUGCCUGUGUGCCUGGCAUUCUCAGUGUCGUUUGCAGGUUGAAUCCUGGCGUUUGGGUGCCUGUGAUCUCCCGUUCAGUUCCCAACACCACAUCACACUCCUGAGUCUCCUCCCUGAGACCAUCUUCCCAGGAAUCCUGGGCUUGGUGUCCACCUCCUCUGAGGAAUGAACAGGCUUUCUUAACCUCUGUGCUUCCUUUCCCGGAGGAACUGAGGAAACGAUUAUCCGGCACGUGGAGUGUGCUUGGUCUUCUGAGUGCCAGUGUGAAGCCACGUCAGUCACAGACGUGGCAGUUGGGGAGAGAGAGAGCCCCAGGUUGAUCAUUCAUACCUCACAGUCAGAAGAAGUACGUCUGCACAGGAGGUCCUGUGUUUCCUUGGUCACCAAUCCUCCCUCCUAGCUCCUUCAGGGAACGUUUAACAGGUUGGAAAGAUGGUGGAUGGUAAAGAUGGUGCAGGGAGGUAGUCAGGCUUUAUUUUUUUUUUAACUUUUUUUUAUUCCUUUCUUUCCUCUCAGGUUUGUUCGUUGGGGUUUUUCGGUUCACAUUUAUAAUUUGCCGUUUUCUGUGUGUGUGUGUGAGAGAGUGUGAGAGAGUGUGAGAGAGUGUGUGAGAGUGUGUGAGAGUGUGUGAGAGUGUGUGAGAGUGUGUGAGAGUGUGUGAGAGUGUGUGAGAGUGAGUUUGCAUCUGUGUGUCUGUGUAAGUGUUUGUGUGUGUGUUACUACGUUUUCUGGCCAGGGAUGACUAUAGGUUGUUAGGGUCACAGGGUGCCUAAGCUUGGUGGUGCCCUCGUCUCAUUGGGUGUUCAACAUCCAAUGAGAGCUGUGGUUCUGUGAGGGGUAAGAUGGGCUUUAUUCCUGCAGUGUGCUGAGGCAAGAUUGUUUUCAUUUUCUUUGCUGAAUUGCAAAUGUAACCGUUCUAAAAUGCUGCUGUUUUCUGAGAUUAUAUUUGUAACUUUAAUCUUAGACCAGUAGCCUUUCUCAUCUGGCUGGUUUCACUGAUACACACACACACGCACACACACACACACAUGAAGAUCUUGUGUAAAACACUUUUUUUUUUACAUUCUGCAUUGUUUUUCAGUUUGUCAUUUCAUAACCUGUAGUGGAUAUUUUAUUGUCUUGUGUUUGUUUGAUCCCCAUUGGCUCUCGAUACAUCACAUGCUAGCCUUGUUUCUAUGGUGGCUCUGAGCAACAUAAUUAUCACAUUACUGGGCUCUUGCUUCAACUCUAAAGCACUUCUCUGUUUAUACUGUAUUGGGAGGUAAUGAAAAGUGUUCAGGGUCAUGCUGAAAGAAAAUAGCUGAAUCGGGUCCUGCUCUCCCUGCCUGUUCUCUCUCUCUACCUGAUACGUUUAAUUCAUCAUAUGGAUGUUCUGCUGCUUCGGAAAAAGGCUUUUUAAAAUUUUAUAAAUGAAAAGAGAGAAACCUGGCUGUAUAAACUACAGAACCCAAGUGAGCAAGGUUAAUAUCCACUGUUUCAUUCAGUCUGGUCCAGACAGGACAGCCUCUCAAGCUGUGCAGAUAAAACUUAAUUUACAGACAUGCUGUGCGUUUUCUACAUAGGACCAUAAUUGUACAUUGUAUUUUGCAAAAUGUAACACGCUGUGGCAUGUAUGCACUUGUACGUUUUUCAUUAUUCAGACGAAACUAUUAUUUGAAUGAACAUUAAACUUGUUGAUCAUU